CAAUGGUCGCUUCGCCCCGGGACCUCUGGAACCAUUGGUCCAUCCAGAUCCUGGUGCUCUUCAGCCUCGGGUGGCAGAUCGCCCUCUUCCUCUUUGCCGGGAUCCGCAGGCGUGGAGGCCACCCUGUGCAGCGGUUCCUGCUCUGGGUGGCCUAUCAGCUGUCGGACUACACCGCCACAUACGCCCUCGGCCACCUCUCCCUUACGGGCGCGCUGCGCGAGCACGCCAUCGUCGCGUUCUGGGCGCCGUUCCUCCUGCUGCACCUCGGAGGCCCGGACAACAUCACCGCCUACUCUCUGGAGGACAACAAGCUCUGGAAGCGCCACUUGCUGAGUGCCAUCCUUCAGGUGUCCGGAGCCGUAUAUGUCCUCUACGAGCAUAUCGCGGAGGAAGGGCUCCGGCUUGCCUCCGUCUUGAUGUUCGCCGUCGGUGCUGUCAAGUACGCGGAGAGGACGGUGGCGCUCAUGCGCGGCAACCUGGACAGCAUCCGGGGCUCCGUCAAGAAGCAACCAGCUGCCAUGCAUGGACAUUUCCACCCUCAAGAUACAGUAGAGAAGUAUGGCGAGUUCGAUGAGGAAUCCCUUGUGCGACGAGCUCACUCGCUGUUCUACAUAUGCAAGCGUGCCAUAGUUGAUUAUCCUGUGAUGAGAGAUGAUGAACAUGGCCAAGACAGCACCGAGAUGAUACUCGAGGUCAGCUUAUGGCAAUUGAUGGAGACCGAGCUCUCCCUCAUGUAUGACAUGCUAUACACCAAGGCGGCUGUCAUCCACACCUGCUUCGGCUACUUGGUACGCCUCAUCUCGCCAUUCGCCAUUGUCGCCUCACUGCUACUCUUCAUCUUCAUUGACAAGGAGACGCACCGUAGAGUUGAUGUUAAUAUCACCUACAUAUUGUAUGGUGGUGCCUUGUUCAUGGAGAUGACAUCGCUGCUGAACGCCCUAGGCUCCUCCUGGACAUUUGCCUUCCUGAGCACCACAAGAUGGGACUGGCUUCGAUACGCAGCACUGUGCAAUAAAAGAUGGGACCGGCUUAGGCGUGUGGUUGCAUAUCUUCACCAUCUUGUCAGGGUAGGAGGAGGUAGCCGGUACAGAUCAAGGAGGUGGUCACAUACCAUGGGUCAGUACAACAUGCUGCACUAUUGCACCGGUUCUAACAGUGCACGCACUAGGCCUCUGCUUGGCAGUUUGGCCAAGAUAGCGGGAUCAGGACUAAAUGAGCUAUGGAACAGAGAGCAUUACUCAUGGGAAGCUGACAUGCCGGGCCAUCUCAAGGAUCGUAUCUUUGAAUAUAUGCAACAUAUACACGAUGAGGAUUUUGUGAACUCACUGGGCAUGCUCAAGAAUAAGUGGGGUGAGGAAACACUGCAUAGCAGGGGGUUGUUCAACUCUCGUCUCACAAAUUCCCUCGGCGUUGAGUUCCAGGAGUGCAUAAUCAUCUGGCACAUCGCCACCGAAGUUUUCCUCGCCAAGAGCGAGCAAGCCAAAGAAAAGAAGACACGGGAUGAUGUGAAGGCGGUCAAGGUGAUAUCCAACUACAUGAUGUUCCUUCUCGUGGAGCAGCCGGACAUGCUGCCAGGCCUCCCCCAAAACAGGUUGUACCAACUAACCUGUGAAAGUCUGGUCAAGACUUGGGGAUCAACUGAUAGGCGUCAAGACAUGAACCUGUGUGCUUCGCUCAAGAAUCUGUUCCGUCUGCAUGAUGACCCCAAGUCUGAUUUAAGGGUCAGUGACAGAGAGGAGCUUGCAAAAGAAAUAUACAAGUAUGAGGGUAAAGGCUUCACCUACGAGGCUCCUCGUCUCUCCUAUGUAACUGACCUUGCAAAGGAACUGCUAGCAAUGGAAAAAGAUGACAAGGUUAAAUCCGUACCGGAACUUGUCCUUAAGGUGUGGACGGAUAUUCUUGUCUACGCUGGUAACAAGUGCAGCAGGAGGUUCCAUGCCGAGAAGCUCAACAGUGGCGGUGAGUUGACAACCAUCCUGUGGCUUAUGGCAGAACACUUCUACCAAGUUUAUGCGACGGAACUGAUCAAAAGUAACAAAAUGGAAAAAUGAUGUAGCUGGAGAAGGCGCCUGUCCCCAGCGAGACGAUGAUAAUUAUUAGCAUGUAUUUUUUUUCCUGCGAGAAAUAAUUAUUAGUAUGUAUAACACCAUUGUUUUUGUAUA